CUCAUCUAGACUAUCUGUACCGUACAGCUGCGUGUGACUGUAUGACGCUGUGACAGCCUAAUUGUCUUCUCCUUAGACUGUCGCACGUUUAGCACGACGACCACCACCACCACCACCACCACUACCUCUUCCUCACCACCCUCCUUCCUCCUCCCUCGGUGAUCCCGCUCGUCCUCACCAUGGCCGAGGUCGACGUGGCCAGUUACUAUAAUCUCCCAUCGGCUUAUCCUGAAGAAUGGCCCACAGAGUUGGACGAAAGCGAUCCGGAGGAGGCCGAGGCGCUGGAACGCCGCGGCUCUCGCUCGGAACGGUCUCGCUACUUCGCCUUGGAGCGCAAUAAUAGCACUCGAAAGAGUGUCACCUUGGGCUCAUUUAAAGGCAAUAAUGGGCGGGAGAAUCUCAAGGUGGAUGAACCGGACCCCCUUGGAAUGGGCGACAGCGUGCUCAAGAUCCUUAAAGCUCGAGGCUUAUCUCUGGACGAAGAGAGCCGUUUGCGAAACCAAUUCUUGCUCUCUUCAACCUCGUUCUCCCCUUCACUGUUUCUUUCUCAAGUACAUUCCGACGCGUCGAUACAAUCCCUCCUCGAUGGCCUCGAUUGUCUCUCCCGAUCCAUCGACCAGAAGUCCGCAUCCCUGAAAGUCCUCGUCGAAGCAAACUUUGAGCGCUUCGUCCGAGCGAAGGCCACGAUUGAUAGUGUCUAUACGGAAAUGAAAACCCAAGGUCAGAAAGAGGAACUGUUAAGCCCCCAAGGUCACCGCAGGUCGGUUGGACAUUUCCGAAACCUUUCCGGCAGCAGGCACAGCAUCUCCACUACCGCCAUUACAGAGGUUGGACCCGGAAAGAAUGCUCUCACCAAGGAGAGCGAGUACGGCAUGAAGGGUAUCCGAGUGCCUCUGCUGGAAGCGUCCGUUAAGGCUGAGGAGGUGUGGGGGCCAGCUUUGGGCGGUCGCGAGAGAGAGCAGGUGCUGAAAUCAGUGGUGGAAAUGAUGGAAAAGCACCGGGAUAUUUACGAGAUCGGAGGGCAACUGUCUAAGUCAAUCAAGCAGCGAGAUUAUGAUUCCGUUUUUGAGCAAUUUCGCAAAGCACGCUCUCUUGCGAAGACCGCCAAGAACAUCGCCGAAACCGCGACAGGGAGGGACCGGCCACUGACCGAUGAGGAAACGCACGUUAUCUUGGCCAUGGGAAGGAUGUGGAUAGAUGUGGACCAGCAGAUCCAAGCGUUCAAGCGUGAUCUGUGGAGGCGUUUGAGCGACGCGCCUACAACAUCAACGACCAUCACAGCAACGGGUCCAGUCGAGGAGCACAUGGAGUUGAUAUGUGCUCUUCUAGAAUUGGGGGUGGAUGACAAUCCUAUCUGGGUCUGGCUUCUUAGCCGAUAUGAUUUUCUCAAGACUAAGAUCAUAGCUUUCUGUCAGCGUUGCAAAUCAGAGAUAGAGAUCUUGAGACGCCGGCUUGCUAGCGGUGAGAAGCCAACACCUCAAGCAGUGGCCUCGUAUCUACGCCUCGCGCCACGCGAUAAUUCCAAAGAAAACGAGUCAAUGCGAGAUACUGAUCAGGUGAUUGAGUUGUGGGGUUGCAUCAAUACCUACUUGACCAGGCUUUUAUCUUCUCAAGGGGGUCUUCUUGGUGAAGUUUUCGAUUUCUGGGAGGUAGCGCAAUCCUUCAUCGACGGCAGCAAGCAAAAGCUUUUACCAGCCGGGUUUGAGGGUGAAAGCCGUAAGCACCAUCGGCUGUCCUCCAGUGAUGUGAGGGAUCUGCAGAAAGGCGCCGUUGAGCUUAUCAACUUGAUUCGCGAGAGUGUACUGUCCCUGUUUGCUGACCCGCCGGUGGAUGAUGUGUCUCUCCUCACAUCUCCGAUCUCCGCAGCGAGUCCCAACAGCCCAGGAAGCCUCGGAGUGACUCCUACAGAAUCGCGUUUCAAGCUGGACCCCAAAAACAUGCCCUUUCCUAUUCCCAAACGCGGGGAAUAUUGGGAAGACUAUGCUUUCUGGCCGCCGUUUUCAAAUUCUGUCAGCGGUGUGCAUUAUCUCAGUCAAUUUCUGGUAACAAUUGGAACAGCGGCUAGUGAAAUGGCCGCUUUGGAGCCGGUGUCGAGCAGCGGCAAUACUCACGAUCUACUCAAGUCGCUUGUGAGUGUCGCCCGUGAGCGCUCCGUGCGUGUGGCCUGCGCGGCCUGGGGCAAGGAUGCCGAAAUUUGCAAGAUGCUUGAAGACUGGACACGAGACCCGGAAAGAAGGGAUCUUACGAAGAUGCCUGGCCUAUUCGUUUCCUUUGAGAAUGCCAUCAUCAGUGGCAUGCAAAGGAUACUCUAUAUCUCGGAAGCUAUGGUGAAGGCGGGCUCUGUAGAUAUCGUUACACAGCCAUCUACAAAGCUGUUGCUCAUGGUGCGCGGCCAGUUUGUGUCGAGCGUCUACAAAGCUCUCAGUGGACUCGUCGAGAAUGCGGAACAUCCCGCAUCUACAGACGGGGAAGAUGAGUGGGUUCUAGCUGGACCGACAAUCACCAGAACCACAACUGAUCCAGCAACAUCCCUGCUUAUAGCAGACGCGGUGGAUGUUCGUGAUCGUAAUGUGCGCCUGCUGUUGACUUUAUCGAACAUCAAGGCCUUCCAAGCCGACCUUGUUCCUCAGCUAGUUGCAUACUUUGAGAACUCCUUCUCGGUGAAAUUGACCGAAGAGGCAACGACUAUCCGGGAUGUACUCGGCCAGAUAGAAGAUCGUUUGUUCCAAUCAUACACCAAGCCGACCAUCAACAAACUAAACUCCACAAUCAUUGAGAGCAUUGCUGGACCCGACUGGGAACCAGCUGGUGACUCGCGGCCAGAGCAGGUUCGCCCAUAUGUGUAUAACGCGAUGUUGGCACUUGUAUUGGUUCAUACAGAAAUCACAACCACAAUUCCGUCCACCCUGUUGACCACGGGAAGUCGUUCACUCUCGGCCGCACAGUCGCCUCUACUAUCGGUCAUCCUCACAUAUCUGUUGACCCAGAUCUCAACGUCUCUUUUGACCGCCUUCAGCACACGGUCCCAGUAUACGCUAGCCGCUUUGAUGCAGGCGACGCUCGAUACGGAGUUCAUCGCGCAAACCAUGUCCCAAUACUCAACUGACGAGGCAUCAGCCAUCCAGAGCCAAAUCUAUGUGGAACUGGACCGUCGAACCACUCACGAAGCUCGCGCGCGACUGCAGUCAGAGCUGAGCGAAAUGCGGGUCACCCUCAAGCGAUUGAGAGAGAGGACAAAGGGGGAAUUCGCUUGUUUCAGAAAACCACGCAGCGGCGGAGGGCACAAAGCUUCCGCAUGAGUAUUCUUUCAGCACUAGCUAUGUUAUGCAUAUGAGUCCAAAAUAAUCUCACACAACAUACAUACGUAGAUGCAUGCACCCG